UUCACCCGCACCGUGGGCUCUGUAACAUCCAGCAAAACAAACCUGGGAAAGUACGCGAUCGGAGCGUUUCUUCUUCUCGGAGGACAUAAAGUGUGGGAAUAAAACCUCUUUUUGUAACCUUCACCGCUGUUUCUGAAGAAGACGUGGGAAAGGCGACAACACUAUACAGCUGUGAUGGACAUAAUGAUUGCGGUGCAGGAUGCUUGUGUGUCUGGUCAGUGGCUUACUGCGAUCAUCCUGAGCCUGUGCUGCUUUCUGCCGUCCUGUUUGCCCGCUGGACAAACUGUGGACUACUCAUCGGUGGAAAGUGUGGUCAGCAGACAAGGCGACACGGCUUUGCUGAGGUGCUACCUGUUAGAUGGGAUCUCUAAAGGAGCCUGGCUGAACCGGUCCAGCAUCAUAUUCGCAGGAAGUGAUAAGUGGUCAGUGGAUCCUCGAGUGUCCAUCGUGUCCAGUCCGGGUGACAAGCACGAGUACAGCCUGCAGAUACAGAAGGUGGAUGUAGCUGACGAUGGACAGUACACAUGCUCCGUUCAGAGUGAGCGCAACCCACGGCCAAAGAUCCUCAACCUCAUCGUCAAAGUUCCUCCCAAGAUCUAUGACAUCUCGUCCGACAUCACGGUAAAUGAGGGCAGUAACGUGUCGCUCAUAUGUAUGGCCAGUGGGAAACCCGAGCCCACCAUUUCCUGGAGACACAUAACCCCAACAGCCAGGAUUUAUGAAAGUGGCGAAUAUCUUAACAUCACGGCUAUCACACGGGACCAGGCCGGGAACUACGAAUGCAGCGCUCUAAAUGACAUCGCCUCUUCAGUCACCAAACAUGUAAAAGUUACAGUCAACUUUGCCCCGUCUAUCCACGAGAUGAAGAGUAACGGGGUGAGUUUGGGGCGCACGGGAGUGCUCAGGUGUGAGGCUGCAGCUGUGCCAGUCCCCACGUUUGAGUGGUACAAGGGGGAGAAAAGGAUUAUCAAGGGCCAGGGCAUUGACAUCAGGAGUGUCAGCUCCAGAUCAGUGCUGACAGUGACUAACAUGACAGAAGAUCGCUACGGCAACUACACAUGCGUCGCCACCAACAAGAUGGGGACAGCCAACGCCAGCGUGUCUCUCGCUCCACCUCACACUGCCCCCUAUGGGAGCACUGGAAGCUCAGACGCCCCACUGGCCUGUCGGUACCUGGUCCUGGCCCUGUCGUCCUUCAUCAGCGUCUACUAACGGGACCCAAACACACAACAAUGACUGUCCAGAGCAUUUAUCAAGCUUUUCUGACAUUUGCUGAUGGCUGGAGUCUAAUCUUGUAUGUUGAAAACAACCUGAUGGGGAAAUAAUCACUGUUAUUAUUUUCUUUUGUGAAUUUUAUGUCAUGUAAAUACUAUAUGAUGAUGUUUUAUUUUUUAUCGUCUUAAGUUUUUCUAGAAUGAGUUUUCACCUCCAUCCCAUCUACGUGUCAUAUGAACUUGCAAGAUCACAGACCUCUUUCACACAGAGGUGCUAAAUUUAACAUUACAUUUUUGCAUUACAGAAUUUACCCUACCAAUGUUGUAUUGAAUGUAUUAUGGCUUGUGGAACAAAGACUUAUAGAUUCCUAACAAUACCGAUUUUGAUUAUGAGGUGUGCUUAAAAUUGUAUUACAAAAAAAAACACAAAAAAAUGAAAAGAACAAAAUGUGGCGGGGGAUUUCGGGGGACCUGUGUUGUCUUAUAUAGAUGGAUGCAGUGUUGAAGUUGUCGUAUUCUACAAAAUGGGUCCUUAUGAGUUACUCUACCUGCCGAACAGCUUUGAUCAGGCAGCCGUCGAAGUAGCAAAGUAUAAUGUAUUGUAUCUUUAUAUUUUACUAUAGUGUAGGCUUUGUUUGUCAAGUGGGACCAGCUUUUCUCAUUCAAACAACAUUAACUCAUGAUUCUGUACAGUAUAA